ACUUUAUCUCAAAAGCCGCGAGGUUUCAUCUUCGCGAUCCCAUAAAAACGAGAAAUCUCGCGAGAAGUGCGAUUGCGGCUCUCUGAAGGGGCGGUUGGACGCCAGGGGUCCUUGCUGGUCAGCGCGCCGUAGUUUCGUUCGAUUCCUCGGCCUUCGCGCUGGAUGGCCGGUUUUUCCUUUGUGCACUAGCCUCUGCCCGAGGAAUGGUCGCGUCCCCCUAGAAUAGAAACGAUUUAAACAGCAGUAGUAGAAGUCAGACUGCAAGCAUUGGAAUAAGAUUUUUGCAGAAGAACAUUGUGCAUCAUGGAUUCUCUUCCAGAAGAAUUUUUUGUGAGGGAUCUUUCUGUGGAGGAGGAGACUAAGGAAGAAACUAAGAAUAAGGUAGAAAAGUUAACUGAUCAACUGGAUAAACAGGAAAAGGACAUACCUUCUAAUCUUAUGCCUGUUAACCUACUAUUAGAGGUGAAAAAGUUAUUGUGUACAGUUAAUAAUCUACCAAAAGGUGUGGUCCCUUACAUUGAGAAGUUUGUAGAAGAAAAUUUUUCUUUCCAAACUGUACAGAGAGAAGUUGCAGCUAACAGCCAGAAUGGGGAGGAAAUAGUUCCUGCUUUGACUAUACGUUUCUUGAUAACACAACUGGAAGCAUCACUUAGGAACAUUCAAGCUACUAAUUAUACUGCACAUCAGAUUAAUAUUGAUUAUUAUUUGACAUUACUGUUCUUGUAUGGAUUAGCACUCACUGAAAGAGGAAAGAAAGAGGAUUAUACGGAAGCUGAGAAUAAGUUUCUAGUGAUGAAGAUGGUGAUCCAAGAAAAUGAAAUUUGUGAAAACUUUAUGUCUUUAGUUUAUUUUGGACGUGGUUUGCUUCGAUGUGCUCAGAAGAGAUAUAAUGGAGGACUGCUAGAAUUUUAUAAAAGUUUACAAGAAAUAAGUGAUACAAAUGAUCAUUGGUUUGACAUAGAUCCUACGGAAGAUGAAGAUUUACCUACAACUUUUAAAGAUCUUCUCAAUAAUUUUAUCAAGACAACUGAAAGUAAUAUAAUGAAGCAGUCCAUUUGCAGUUAUCUAGAUUGUGAACGAUCUUGUGAAGCUGACAUUUUAAGGAACACCAAUUAUAAGGGAUUUUUUCAAUUAAUGUGCAGUAAAAGUUGCUGUGUCUAUUUUCAUAAAAUUUGUUGGAAAAAGUUCAAGAAUUUAAAAUAUCCAGGUGAAAAUGAUCAGAGUUUUAGUGGGAAAAAAUGUUUGAAGGAAGGAUGUACAGGUGACAUGGUAAGGAUGCUACAAUGUGAUGAACCUGGAAUUGUUAAAAUUUUGUUUGAAGUUGUGAGAAAGGAUGAAUAUAUAACCAUUGAAAAUUUAGGAGCAAGUUAUAAAAAGUUGAUGUCUUUGAAAAGAACUGAUACUGAUAUAAGACCGAAGAUCAAUUUAAAAUUUAGCACAAAAGAUGAAAUGCCUAUCUUCAAACUUGAUUAUAAUUAUUUCUAUCAUCUGCUUCAUAUAAUUAUUAUUUCUGGUACUGACAUUGUCCGGAAAAUAUUUGAUGAGGCUCUGCCACCCCCUCUUUUGAAAAAAGAGCUCCUUAUUCACAAGAAACUGCUGGAACCCUACUACAAACAUCUUUGGACUAAUCACCCUUUGGGUGGAGCAUGGCAUCUGCUUUAUCCCCCAAAGAAGAAGCUACCACAGUCCAAACAAUUUGACUUAUACCUCCUAUUAGCUCUCAUAAAACAUUUGCAUGUAUUCCCUGCACCUAAAAAUGGCUGGAAUAUGGAACCACCAUCUUCUGAUCUCUCUAAGUCUGCAGACAUCCUGAGGCUGUGCAAAUACAGGGAUCUCCUCCUUAGUGAGAUUUUGAUGAAUGGUCUCACUGAGUCACAAUUCAAUUCAAUUUGGAAAAAAGUUUCUGAUACUCUUCUGCGCCUUGGAAUGAAGCAAGAGGAUAUUGACAAAGUGAAGGAGAAUCCCAUUGAGAAUAUCUCCCUUGAUUACCAUCAGCUGUCCAUCUACCUAGGUAUACCAGUACCAGAUAUCAUCCAGAGGAUGUUAUCCUGCUAUCAACAAGGACUUGCUCUACAGUCAAUAACCGGCAGUCAACAUAUUGACAUAGAAGAAUUACAAAAUGAGGAAGAAGAACUAAGUCCACUUCUCAUGGAGUAUAAUAUAAAUGUGAAAUCAAACCCUGAGAUACAGUUAGCAGAAAUGAAUAAAGAUGGUGCAUCAAUACCUAGUGAAUCUUCAACAGAAUCUAUUAAGGAUCUCCAGGAAGUUAAGAGUAAACUAAUGAAAAAGAAAAAGACUAAAAGUAAAAAGAAUAAGGAAUCAAAAGAAGAACAAGUCCCAAAUAUGGUAGGAAAGGAAGAGCACUUGAAGAAAGAGCAAGCAAAUCUACACCCAGUAGAUAUAAGUGGUAUUCAAGAAGAUUCCACAACUGAAGGAAAGUUCUAUAGCCUGGAUGAAUUGCAUAUUCUGGACAUGAUAGAGCAGGGCUCAACCAGUAAGCUAUCUGCAGAAUAUGGAGAAAUUGUGAAGGAAAAGCUUGCUCGACAACAGCAGCUUUGUAAAUUGCGCGCUCAAUGUGAAGGUUUUGAGAAGCAGUUGAAAAAAGUGAUAUUUCGGUUGCAAGAAAACCAUGUACAUAUUAAAAAGAGAGAUAAAAUCAUCGCAUCUCUUAAUCAACAAGUGGCUUUUGGAAUCAAUAAGGUUUCCAAAUUGCAGCGUCAAAACCAUGCUAAAGAUAAUGAGAUCAAGAACCUUAAAGAGCAACUUUCCAUGAAAAGGUUCAUUCGUGUUAUAGCAUGUAUCUGUACUCAUUCUUUUUGUGGAAAAAUAAUAUUCCAUUGUAUGGAUAUAUCAAAUUUUUUUCUUUUCAUCAGAUCUCAGUGGGAAAUGGAGAAGCUUAAUAUGGAAACCACAAUUAAAACAUAUUUAAGCAAACUGAAUGCAGAAACUAGUAGAGCUUUAACAGCUGAGGUGUAUUUCUUACAGUGUCGUAGAGAUUUUGGUUUGCUUCAUCUAGAGCAGACUGAAAAGGAAUGCCUCAGUCAUCUUGCCAGGGUGACUCAGAUGGCAGCAAGCAACCUAGAAUCACUUCAGUUAAAGGCUGCAGUAGACAGUUGGAAUGCCAUUGUGACAGAUGUCAGAAACAAGAUUGCAUUCCUUAGGACACAAUACAAUGAACAAAUUAACCAGGUGAAGCAAGGAUUUGCCUUGAGUACCUUGCCUCCAAUCCAGCUUCCUCCACCACCACCCAGUCCUGAGAUACUGAUGCAGCAGUUCUUGGGAAGACCCCUUGUGAAAGAAUCUUUCUUUAGACCCGUAGUCACUGUUCCUCAAAUGCCUGCCAUUUGUCAUGGAGCCAUCUCUGCACCUGGCCAACCUAGACCCCCCCUGAUGUCUGGCCUAACCUGGACUAUGCCGGCGCCUGUGGGAGAGGCUGUGUCUCCUAGUGCAGGUCUGGGAAGUGAUCCUCCCAUGAUGAAUUGGGAGAGGAUUAUAGAUAGAUUGAAAACUGCCUUUCCACAACAGAGCAGAAAGGAGCUUACAGAUUUCUUACGAAAAGUGAAAGAUGCUCAUGGGAACUCCUCACCCGGUCUGACAUUUGAUGACAUUGUUUACAAGAUUUCUCAAUUUAUUGACCCCAAGAGAUCUCAGAGCCUUUCAAGAAAAACUGUAGCAGGCCCAGACUGCCUGCAGCUGGCUGAUUGCUCAACAGUAUGUCAGUUUGGCAGGAGUCAAGGAAAAUCAGUGCCAAGUGGUAGUUGUGUUUCACACAGCCAUCCUCCACCACAGUCCAAUGCUGCCCAGCCCCCAAAACCAGCCUGGAGGCCUCUCAGUUCACAGGGUCCUGUCACGUGGGAAGGAGCCAAUAAUUUGGAUGAUGAGGGAGAGGAAGAAGAGCCUUGUGUGAUCUGUCAUGAGAAUCUCUCUCCAGAAAACCUCUCAGUUUUGCCUUGUGCUCACAAAUUUCACUCUCAGUGCAUUAGACCUUGGUUAAUGCAGCAGGGGACAUGCCCAACCUGCAGGCUCCAUGUUUUGCUACGAGAAGACUUUCCUGGUCACUCCAGCCGGCACUUGUCUAAGAUCUGAUACAAGGGACUAUGCAAAGGGAGUUUUUAGACUCCACAGUUUAGUUUUGCCUUUUGUUAUGAGCUUACAGUGUGAAGCAGUACACUCCUCAGUUUUGUACAAAAGAAGCUAACCUGAUGAAAGCUGCAGCCAAAGAGGACAGGACAAAUCUUCAGGACUGUGAACUGAAUGAAAGGGCUUAAAGACGAUGGAAUUUUAAAGGUUACAUCCAUUACAUUUGAUCUUAUCUUAGUAGGUAUUUUCUUCUACAUAAACAUGGUUACUUAGCAUAUAUCUCAGGAUGUCUUUUCUUGUCAUUUUUCUUCCCUUAUUCCACUCAUACUUUACUUUCCCUCAUUAUACUUCAUUUUAAUUUCCUGAAAUAAAUUUAAGCAAGAGAAAAACUGGAAUAUUAAAAGAAGUAGGAAAUUUGCACAGAUUUUAGCAUUUCUUUUAAUUUUUGAAACUGCUUACAAAAAUAUAACUAUUUAAAUUUUAUCUCUAUCUUCCCUAUUCUUUUUUAUUCUCUAACAUAUGUACCCAUGAAGAAGUUAUGAGCUACUUGUGGACCAUACAGUGGUGUGUUGGAACUGUCUUAUAAUGGCUUGUGAGAGAUGAUUGUUAAAGUUUCAGGAAUUUUGUGAGCCAAUUAUCAAAUUGUUGGUAACUUGAAAUUUGUCUGUAGUGGGAAUGUUUACCCCAUAGAAAUUGUCAAAUGCUCUAAUUACGUGCUUUUCCUCCUCUCAAGAGCUGGUUGUUAAACACAGUACAUCAUUGGGACCAUGCCUGACCCUUCUUUGUGUUCCCAGUGUCUUGCCCAGUAGGUGCAGCAUAAAUAUUCCCUGAAUCAGAAAUAAGGAAGUAGUAAGAAAAGGAGUUAAUGUGUGAAUUAACUCACUUGCUCAGUUGAAUAAUUGAGAUCUUAUAUCCAUUUGUUGUAAAUAUGGUCUUAUGCCUUAAUCAUUUAUGCUUUGUAGGAAUAUUGUUUUUCUGCCUUAAGUAUCUAAUUUCUCUUUCUGAUGCAGCGGGGUGUGGAGCUGUUUGUGUAUAGUUGCUUCUUGUGACAAACUUGAUACCCACUGGGUUAAGUUGCAUAUCUAAAGCUUGUCACUGAGAGCUUGUAUUCUUAGAAGUCAAAACCAUAUUGUGUAAAUGCUGUAUGUUUACAUGUCUCCAGUUACAAAAUUAGAAUAAAUCAGUUACUUUCUAAGACAAAUAUCACUUGAUUCAUAUUUUUCCAUAAUUAGUGAAAUAGAGACUGUACAUGUGUCCCUGACUCAGCAAGUGUUCUUUUGAAUAUUUCAGUGUAAAUGUGUAUCUUGAAGUUACUUCAGAUCUCUAUUUAAACUUCUCUCUGUAAUAAUAUGCUGUUUUCUUCUGUAAUGAGAACAGACUGUAAAAUGCAAAGGAAAAAUCCAAAAAAUGAAGGUAGUCAUCUAGACAUGUAAAAUGCCAAGAGUGUAUCAGAAUUACAAAAUUCAGAACUUGUAGAGCCUUUAAUAAUUUUCUUGUCUAAAUUUCAAGGUCAUGGUAAUGUAGCAAAUUAUCUUGUAAAACAAAUGUUUCUUAGUUUAUGUUUACAAUUGCAAUUUCAUUUUCACGUGAGAAAGAAUAAAUAUUUCUUAAACAC